GGGCGGGGGAGAUGCAGUUCGGAUUGUGCUCGCACACAGCGAAGAGAGCGAGAGCGAUUGGGGAAUGUGAUGGUGUGUGUGUGUGUGUGAGCGAGUGAGUGAGUGCGUUGGCACCACUGCCGCUUUCCUCUCUCCCCUUUCUUUCUCAUCCAGGUUCGUCACUCCACAGUAGCCUCCUCCUCCUCCCUCUCUCCUUCUUCGUCAAUCGAUCUUCCCUUCAUCUCCUCUUUGCCCCAUCGCUGCUCCAUUUCUCUCCCUCCUCCCUCUACUGGCUCCUUUGCACUCCUGCCUAUUUUGCUUGCCUGCUCUCUGUUCUGUCGUCGCCAACCUCUGUUCACUCUUCGUCUCGUUGUAUACUACUGGUGGUGGAGUCGUCUCUUGUUCUUAUGUUGUUCAUCUCGUCGGAUGUAGUUUGCCACGCAUUCUUAGGUUAGAAGUUGGAAGAAGGAAAAUAAUUCAUAAUCGAUUUAUUGAUUCUGAGGAAAUAGCUUCUGUUUUCGGUUUGUUGUUUUUCCUAGGGUUUUCUUGUCCACUUCGAUUGUAAAGCGGGCGUCGCGUUGGCCAUGAGAAGCCCCCGCUCAUCAUUUUGGAUAUUCCACGUGCUCAGAUAGACCACUUGAACCGCAGUACUAGGUGGCCAUGGCCAAUGCGGAGGUCUUCGAUUCUUACUUCCGCCGAGCAGAUCUCGACAAGGAUGGUCGCAUCAGCGGCCAAGAGGCUGUCGGCUUCUUUCAAGGCGCGGGCCUGCCUCAGAUGACACUCGCCAAGAUCUGGCAAUUCGCCGAUCAGGGGCGAACCGGUUACUUGUCGCGAGUGGAAUUUUAUAAUGCUUUGAAGCUAGUGACAGUAGCGCAAACAGGUAGAGAGAUCACACCCGAGCUCGUACGCGCUGCGUUGACAGGUCCUGCUGCUGCACAAAUACCACCUCCGAGAAUCAACACGCCUGCAGGUCAACAUGGCGGACCUGGUGGAUCGCCUGCACCAGCACUGAGUUCGCAAGGAGCUCCUUCGGUGAGAGCUCCGGGGCCUGCAGCGGCGUACAAUGGAUUUGAUGUGCAAUCCCGUAGCUUGCAGGGUAGCAACGGUGGUUUGAGGCCUGUGAGUAUGCAGGGUAAUGGUUUGUCAAGCUCACAGGGGGUGUAUGGUGCCCCUGUGGUCCAGAAGUUUUCUCCGCAUACCAACAGCGCGCCUAGUGCACCAUUGCCCCAAGGGGGAUUUGGAGCACCGGCCAGGCAACUGGCUCCUCAGACAAACAGCCUCUCUACGGGCGGCACUGGAGUGCCACAGCUGAUGAAUCAGACGAGUAGCCUGCCGCGGUAUCCUCCAUCUGCGGCACAGGUUCAGGUACCGCCCGCGGGACUUGCACAGCAGGGUUGGGCAAGGCCUCCUGCUUCGGGUGGAGCGCCAGUGAGACCGUCGCUUGGGAGCUUGUUCACCACAAACUCUGCUUGGCCAUCUAAGGAUGCCAACCCAGAAGGUGCAAACCAAGGGCCUGGUUCCACGAGCGUGUCUGCUGGUCCAACUGUGUUAACAACGCCGAGCGCGGGUCAGUCCAGGCCCUUGACCCCGGGUUCUGCAGCAUUAACUCCUGCUGGUUCAAAUGCGGGCUCUGGAACGACAUCGAAAAGUCAGACACUGGAUGCGACCUCCACAAAUGGCGGCGGGUUCAAUUCUGGGAUCGAUCUGUUCAGCAGCGGGUUCAAGGCCACUUCUGCGGUUGGCACGCCCGGCACUUCAGUAGGUUCUAGUCCUGCCUCAAACAUGUUCCCAGGCGGUCAAGCAACAAAGCCUGCUUCCGUGACGCCUCCUGCUCAACAAAAUAAAUCGGCUUCUGCGACACCUCCUGCUCAAAACAAGCCGGCUCCCCUUGACGAAUCGAUGUUUAGUGCUCCUGCGGUUCCGUCCAUGCAGGGCCCUCCUCAAAAUGGAUUGAUGGGCAUGGGAGCAGGAGCUGGGUCGAGGCCACAUGGGGUACUUACGGUGGGGGAUUCGUGGCCCCAAAUGUCGGCGAGUGACGUGCAAAGAUAUACCAGAGUGUUUACGAAGGUGGACACGGACAAAGAUGGAAAAAUCACAGGCAAUCAAGCUCGGGAACUGUUUCUGAGUUGGAAUCUGCCUAGAGGGGUUUUGAAGCAAGUUUGGGAUCUUUCUGACCAGGACAACGACAGCAUGCUGUCUUUACGCGAAUUUUGCACCGCACUGUACUUCAUGGAGCGGUUCAGGGAAGGGCGGGUGCUCCCAUCCACACUGCCUUCAGGCAUUCACCCAGACAAUUUGCAUGUUCCUGUUGCAUCAAUUCCCCAAGGGCCUGCUGUACCUCGGGGUCCUGGUGUUUCUGAGGGGUCCCUUGUUCAGCAAGGGUCUGGUGCUCAAAGUGCUCCUAUUUGGCGUCACAUACCAGGUGCUCCACAGCAAGCUAGCGUUGCUACGGGGGCGGAUCCUGCAGGUGCUCCAAUGCCACCGGUCAAAGCUUCCCCAACACUUCAGAUGCCAGAACGAGCUGUACCUGCUCCAGGAGAAGUUGCUCCAGCGGCAGUUCAGGAGCCUUAUAAAUCCAAAGUUCCAGCCUUGGAGGAAAGUUUAGUUGGUCAACUGAGCCGUGACGAGCAAGAAAUGUUGAAGACAAAGCACAAAGCUGCUGAAGAGGCAGACAAGAAGGUGUUUGAGCUGGACAAAGAAAUUCAGGACUACAAGGAGAAGACCGAGUUAUACCGAACAAAAUUGCAAGAAAUUAUAUUGUUCAAAAGUCGGUGUGACAAUCAGCUUAAUGAGGUGAAGGAGAGCGUGGCUACAGAGAAGCGUGAGAUCGAUACUCUGAGCAAGAAGUACGACCAGAAAUUCAAGCAAGCAGGUGAAAUCAGCUCAAGACUGCAAGCUGAAGAAGCAGCUUUCCGAGAUAUUCAGGAAAAGAAAAUGGAGUUGUACACUGCUAUUGCAAAGCUCGAUAAGGGUGGUGAUGACAAUGAAACUCUUGAGAAUCGUGCGAAUCUCAUUUCAGCACAUCUAGACGAUUUAAAGAAGACUCUCUAUGAGAGAGGCAAGGCGCUUGGGGUAAAGCCAAAGUCUGCAAUCCCUAUAGAGGUGUCCACUGGUUUUGAAGGAGUACCGGACAAUGCAAUGGAAUGGGUUGAAGAUUGGUUCAACUUUACUGAUGAAGGAUUUACGAAUGUGCGUGACAUCAUGGAUGAUAUGGUUGAAGUUCCAUCCACUACCAAAUCUGCAUAUUCAGCUCCGUGGGGUAACGGUGAAAGCUUGUUCGAUGAUGGCUUUGACUUCUCAUCGGAACCAACCAUAUCUGAUUUCAAGACAGGGCAAGAUGAGGAACCGUUCUCUACAUCGAACAAAGUUCAUGCAGACUUCCGAUCUGCAGAAAGUACUGUUUUCAAAAGUGAUUUCGACUAUGAUCCUGAGCAUGAUGUAUCUACUUCUGACAUUCAUCAUAAAGACAAUGCGUUUGGCGCAAGGCUUCCUAGUGCAAGGUUUGACGAAGGCGAAGCUGGUGGCAGCACAUUUGGUGGUGAAGCUACCUUUGAUACUGUGUCUGAAAGUGGAUUUGGCCAAGGACGGAAUUCCUUUAAUUCUAGAGAUCCUUUCGGCGACAGCAGUGGAGCAUGGGCUAUUAACGACGACGAUUCAAAUGCAGAUUUUCGCGCUUCUUGGGUACAAGCGCGCAGUAGUGCUCCUAGUACUCAGACCUCAAUGGACUUAUCUAGCUCACGAGGGCAAACGCGUUUUGGAAGGGAACGAGGCUCUAUUGCUGACUCGCUUGAUCUUGAUCCCCUAAGAAUUUCAAGCCCUAGAGGCAACUUGUUUGACGGAUCGAUACGCAUUCCUAGUCCUGGCGGUUUUGACAGCUCUAGAAGAGAAUCGGUUUCGAGCCCAGGCGCAAGGGGCUUCGGUGGACUGUCUAGCCCUGGUUGGAGUUUUGACCGCAAUGGAAAUGGUCACGAUGAUUACAAGAGCGCGUUUGGAGCAUUUGAUUCCCCCAAGUCUAAUGCGUUCGGGUCCCCCAGGAAUGCAUUUGAUUCUCCCAAAAACACCUUUGGCUCUCCCAAGAAUUCUUCUUCGUUUUUUGGCAACUCAAGCUUUGAUGCUACACCAUCUUUCUUUGGUGGAAGUCCAGGGGGCUCAAAGCGUGACAAUCCUUACUCUGGCAGCACUUUCUCGCGAUUUGAUUCAUUUACAGGUCCAGGCAGCCCUGCAGCUCCUGCCAGAGGAUCAGGAGGAAGUGAUGACCAUCACAUGAUGGGAUAUGACGGAGAGAAAUCAAUUCAAAGAUUUGACUCCAACAGCAUGAAGCCUGACCGCAGUCGUGGUUUUGGUUCUGAUGAUGAAUCCGACCCCUUCGGAGCAUUUGGCGACUCUGGACCCUUCAGUGCAGGAACAGCGAAGCAGACCAACGUCUGGAGCGCUUUUUAGCAGUCUUUUCGUAUCUAAUCUUGUGUUAUAAUUUCGAAUUGUCUUGCGAAUCCAAGACGUUUAUGGGCUCAAGUACUUGGAUCGUAGAGGGCAGAGGGAGUCAUCUGUGGAGCACAUUUCUUUCAGAACUCUUUAGCAAGCAAUCAAUAAUUCAGUUAGCUUUUAUCAUGAGUGUUUUUGGGAUCAUUUCCACUACCUCCAGAUUAUAUUCUGAAGACUAGCAGUAGACUACGUAACUAAGCAGCCUGACAUCCUCUGAGAGUCAGCACACAACUCUGAUUUGUAUUUGCAAUUGCAGUAAUAACGGUGGAUUUUUUUGACAAUAUCAUGACUUGCCAUUC